CCCCGUCGCGGUCGGACCUUUGCGCCGCGCUCCAAAAAAUGCAUCGAAACGCCGAUAUGUGAUUUAUUUUCCGCGCGUACGUUGUGAAAAUGAAAGUGCUGAAGCUCUUGUGUGCUAAAUUGACAUUUUUAUAAGCUCGAAACUAUGGACUCGCUUAGCUAAUUUUAGAACAUGUUAAGUUUCAUCCCCAAAACUUAUGUUGUGCGCGGUACAAAAAUAGGCCCGUAAAAGCUUAUAGUAUACGGCGCGACAUUAAUUUUAAAAGCUCUAAAGUUAAUCGUUUGUCAACGGGUUUAUUAGACUUAAAUAGAUGCCGACAGAUUCGGCGGGGAGUUUCAGAUGUUCGAAACGUUUUAGAGGCUGUAAAUUAAAGACGAUAGAUUAAUUUGUGACGAUGAAACGACGAAGAGUGUAAACCAAUUAAGUGCAUAGAGAUUUAUAACAAAAUGGCCUGCGACUUGAAGAGAUUGCGGUGGCAUUCGUACAUCUUGAAUGCCAUUUUGCUAAUCGUGUCUACCACAUACGAAGUCGGCGGGCUUCUCACGACAGAGCUGCACAUAACCCCACACGUGGCGCAGCGCGGUCGCAACGUCACCAUGGCCUGCCUGUAUCGCAUCCACGAGAGCGAGGUCUACUCCGUCAAGUGGUAUCGCGGCUCGCAGGAGUUCUACCGGUACUCGCCACUCGAGUCACCCACCACCAGGGUCAUGCCUGUCAAUGGGAUUAAAGUUGACAGGCUGCGGUCCAACGAGACGCACGUGGUGCUGACGCGCGUGACGCCUGCGCUGAGCGGCAAUUACAGCUGCGAGGUCAUACAAAACGCGCACUCCUUCCCGCACCACAUAGCGCACGCACGACUUGAUGUCGUCGGUGUAGGUGGUCUCCGGGCGACAGAGCUCCGCAUCUCUCCCCCCGUGGUCCAGCGCGGCGCUGACGUGGUGCUGGCCUGCCUCUACGAGCUGACGGAUGCGCCGCUCUACUCCGUCAAGUGGUACCGCGGCCGACACGAGUUCUACCGCUACUCGCCCACCGAGUCGCCCGCUACUAAGAUCUUCCCGUUCGCUGGGAUCAAUGUUGAUCUGGCGCGGUCGAACCAGAGUCAGGUGGUGCUGACGCGGGUGAGCUUCGGUCUGUCGGGGAACUUCAGCUGCGAGGUCACCGCCGACGCCCCCUCCUUCGCCACAUCCAUCGUCUCCAGCAAUAUGGAUGUCGUAGUUCUCCCGCCAAAGUCACCAGUGAUCGACACGAACCAGCACUACUACGUGCCAGGGGACAUUCUCAAGGCCAACUGCUCGGCCGGCCCGAGCCGCCCGCCUGCAGAGCUUACAUUCUUCAUCAACGAUAUACCUGUGACUCCAGGGUUACAUCAGGAGCCACCGGCCCCCGAGGGGCUGUUCCGUGCUGAGGUGUUCAUACAGAUCCAGCUGUGGCCCGCGCACUACGAGCGAGGGGCCCCGAUACUGAGGUGCGAGGCCAAAGUGGGCGAUCUAUACAGGGACAACUCAGCCGUCGCGCUCUACUCCGCUAACAGCGACCCCAAGAUUGAAAGAGUGACGUCACCGGGCGCCGGCGCCAAACUGCAGUCGUGCCAAAUCCUCCUCCUAUUUCACAUUAUCGUGUGGGCUAACAACACAUAGGCAUUAAUAUAGGUCUACAAUAGUCUAUAGUCUAUUUUACUAAGUCCGUUUAGAUAUAGCUGAAUUUGUACAGACAAGUGCCGGAGAGACUAUACGAAACGGUCUCGGUGAAAUAGGAUCUGUAUUCGAUUCUGGUCAGGAUGUGAAUUUAAUAGUUAAAUGUAAAACGAGCUGACUAUACCAAAGAAUGUAAAAUAAGAUAUUGUUGAUUUAAUACAAAUUAUAUGUCGA